GAGCAUAAAGCAUUGAACAUAGCCAAAAGUUAUUGCCUUCUCGUCUUAAACCAAAGUUUGGUCUUACCAACUCUCAAUGCCCAACAACCAAUUAUCGCAAGUUUGGAAGGCUGUGCCUUGUGGUUUAGGGUUUCCUCUUCGCUGCGAUGAUAACAAUAUCAAACUUGUAGGAUGAAAAAAGGCAGCAGUAUUCUUUGGAACUCGGCGGAAUGCGUUCUCCAAAAGCCUUAUUUCUUUCUCUUUGUUCCUAUACACACACAAUUUUCCCAAAAGAACCAGCACUCGGUGCAUAAACUCGAAGCUUAAACCAAUUAAACGUAUCCCUAAGUUGGCUGCUACACAAGGCAACGCAGGGCGAUUGCAGCAGGAGUUGGGGUCCAAGAUGAUAACACACUCCAUACCUCGCCAACCCAUUGAAAGGGAUCACUUUUGAUCCCCCUCACCUAAACCCUUCUCGAUCAUCAUCGUCGAAUCCAUCCUUGGUCUUCAAGCAAUCACCCUUUACCCAUCUCAGCUUCAUAUAUGUGCACUUGUAGCACACAGGAAGGCUUGAUCCGACUGUGGUGAGGGAGGAAGGAAGCAGAGAUGGGAAGGAAGCUGGACGCUCUACUAGGAAGGAAGUCGAGGCAGAUGUCGAAGCUGAAGACCCUGCUGGGCCUCACCGUCUCCCGCCUGGCCGUUCUCCGCAACCGCCGUCAGGUCCGGUGCAACCAGGCGCGCACCGACGUCGCCCAGCUCCUCCAGCUCGGCCACGUCGACCAUGCCCUCCUCCGCGUGGAGCAUGUAAUCAAGGAGCAGAACAUGGUGGACGUGUUCGUUAUGUCGGAGCACUAUUGCCAACUGCUGAUCGAGAGAUUUGUGCUCUUGGAUCACAAGGAGUGCCCGGAGGAGCUGCGGGAGGCGAUCUCGAGUCUGAGCUUUGCGGCAUCGAGAUGCGCGGAAUUGCCGGAGUUGGAUAAGGCCCGAGGCAUCUUCUCCUCCAGGUAUGGCAAGGAACUCGUGUCGGCGGCCGUAGAGCUGAGGAACAAUUGCCGUGUCAAUCCCAAGAUGAUUCAGAAGCUGUCGACCAGGCAGCCAAGCCUGGAAAUCCGACAGCGGGUGACGAAGGAGAUCGCUGCCGAGACGGGCAUCAAUCUUGAUUUCUAUGAUCCUUCUUCUGAGGAUGCAGGGGGAGAUCCACCAGUAAAUCUCGUACAGGAGCAGCUCAAAUCUGAUGAAAACCUUUCGAUGAGAACGCCUCACAAGUAUGAAGAUGUGGCCAGUGCAGCGAAGGAUGCCUUCGAAGCAGCAGCCUUUGCUGCGGCAGCUGCAAGGGCCGCGGUGGAGCUCUGCCGAUCGGAGUCCCAAGGAAGAGGCUCUGAUCCCGACACUGAAUCCGGUGGCCAAAGCAGAUUUGAGGAGGUGGAGGAGCCCAAGGCAGCAGCCAGCGUCGACAAUUCUGGUGAUCAGAUCCAUUGUUCAGAUUCAGAAGAGGAAAUAGAAGCAGAACAGCACGAUUUGCUUGGGGAAGACAGGUUUAAGGAGAAGUUCGUCAAGCAGUUCCGGAGACCACCUUCUUGGAGCUCAGAUUCGAGCGAGGAAGAAGAUGGGCGGCUCCAUGCAUCCUUAGGAGGCGGCUCACCUGACGAGCAUCCGGAAGCUUACUUGGGUCCUUCCUACAGCAGAGGGAACGAGAGAAGCAAUCCACCGCACAAGGCGAAGACGGAAUUAAAAUCCGGAACUGAAGGUAACGAUGCAACGAAAGAAAGCCAUCUCCGUGAGGACCCGAAGAGGACUUUUCGAGUAGGACGGCUGAACGUGCGAGGAAGGAGCUUCAAUGACAAUGCCCAAAUAACAGAAAUCUUCCUUUCGCUCUUCUUUCCACUAUCUGAGACACUGUGAAUCGAGUCUUUGUAGGCGUGCAAACUUUGUACUCUGCUUUUCUGCUCGUGUGUUUUGUCGACGCAAAAUGAGGGAGGGUGGCGAGGCUAUUGUUCUGUGACAUGAAUAGGAACGAAACGUCCU